AUGAAUCAAUCACGCUCGGACACGAUCACGAGCCAGGCGUCCUCUAUCUCUGCCUCGUCUCAAUACGUCCCUGGGCGGGGCUACAGGGCUCCAUCAUGUCCAGUAUCUCCCAUUAGCAACUUUUCCCGCCCAUCGUCAGCCGUGCCACCCCUACCAACUCUUCCCGAAUCUUCAACGCAAGCUCCAUCACUUCCCCUUCCUGCAGAUCUGGACUCUGCAAUCAAUUUUGACGAUAGCUACGGCUAUGCCACUGAUCCCAAGCAGGUACCAGCUGUAAAUUACACACCACGCUCAAGCGUGCAGCCUACAUAUCACAAGAACGCUUACAGGGAAAGCGAAGAUUUCGAUUCACAUGAGGUCGCGGGCGGCUUCGGUCAGCGCCGACAAAAUGCACAUGUCAAGAGCAUGGCAGCAAGCGCUCACGACUAUUCAUCGCUAUGUUCCCCUCGCAUCGACUUCGUGCGUGAGUACGAUGAGCCCGAAUGGUGGGGUCGUGGGUCGGUCGAAAUUCCACAGCCUCUGAAGCCUACACCACCACCGAAGCCGACGAAGCCUGCACCGCAACAGCCAUCGAAAGCCCAAUUCCACAAGCCCACAUACACAGCUGGCUCGCUGGAUCGCACCUUCGCAUUUCCCAGCCCUCGCCGCGUUCCCACCUUCCCCAGUCCUCGAGUUCCCAGCGAAGUAUCCAUCCCUCGUCCCGCAUCCUCCUCUCCUCCCCAUAUCCCCAUGUUCGCCACCUCAUGA